CUAGUUUCCAUUGAUCACACUUUAGAUUUUUAAAUACAUUGUUUCAUCCUUCAAAGAAGAGGAUAAAAAUGAAGUAAACUGCAAAGUCAGCUAUGCACUCCACUGCAUACAAUUAUUGCUGAAUACCUUUACCUUGCAGCAUUAUUUCAAUAUUGCUCUCUCUUCCUUGCAUUCUCAAAAUCCAAUCACUCACUCAUUCAUUCAUUUCCUGUUGUUCUGAUCAUCGUACCAUGGCUGAAGCACUUCUUUCUGGCUUCAUCAACGUUGUUCUUGAGAGGCUCCUUUCACCUGAGUUUGUCAACUUGGUGGUGGGCAAGAAGCUGGACCGGAAGUUGGUUGACAGGCUCAAGACUGCUAUCUUGGCUGCUAAAGCUCUGGCUGCUGACGCUGAGCAGAAGCAGUUUGGACACGAACUCGUCAGGGAAUGGCUUCAUAAUCUCAAGGAUGCUCUCUACACUGCUGAUGACCUGCUGGACCGUGUCUUCAUCAAAGCUCAAAUUCGCAGCAAGGUACGCACUCGGCUUCCUCACUUCCUUGAUUUGUCCGGUAGGAAGAUGGUGACCAAGAUAGAAGAGGUGGUUGAAAGAAUAGUAGAUCUUGAGAGAUGCAAAGAUACCCUUGGUCUGAGAGAGAUUCCAACGGGAAGCUCCUCAUGGAGACCUCCAUCCACUUCUCUUGUGAAGGGGAAUGUGUUCGGCAGGGAUGGUGACCAACAGGCACUAAUCAAGAUGCUCAAUGACAACAAUCAUCAUAACUUGUCCGUCAUCUCUAUUGUUGGUAUGGGCGGGAUUGGUAAAACUACUUUAGCACAAUGGCUGUACAACAAUAAGGAUUUGAUGGACGGGGUUGAUCUGAAAGCAUGGAUUUGUGUUUCUGAAAAUUUUGAUGUUGUUGAGACUACAAAGAAUGUUAUAAAGGGGAUCUCUUCAGGUGUUUGUAGUCUUGACAGCUUUGAUUUACUUCAACAAGAUUUGAAGGAAAAACUGUCAGAAAAGAAGUUCUUCAUUGUUUUGGAUGAUGUUUGGAAUGAAGAUGCUGACAAGUGGAAUAGUUUUAUCACCCCUUUCCAACAUGGGAGUAAAGGAAGUACUAUUCUUCUAACUACCCGCAAGGAAAAUGUUGGUCCAAUAGUCCAACACUAUAACUCUCACACUCUCAAGGAACUGUCAGAUGAUUAUUGUUGGUCUAUUUUUGCAGACAAUGCGUCCUUUCCUGAAUCAAAUGGGAGCUCAGAACUGGAAGAAAUAGGUAGAAAGAUUGUCGAGAGGUGUGAUGGCUUGCCGUUAGCUGCAGAAACACUUGGAUGCUUGUUGCGCUCAGAGCAUCGUGUUGAAGAAUGGAAUAAAAUACUAUUCAGUGACAUUUGGCAAUUUCCUACGGCAAAUUGUAAGAUUGUUCCUGCAUUGUUAAUAAGUUAUUACCAUCUGCCUGCUCAUUUAAAACGCUGCUUUGUUUAUUGUUCAUUGUAUCCCAAAGAUCAUAAGCUUGAUAAAGAUGAAUUAAUCUUGCUGUGGAUGGCUGAAGAUCUUUUACAACCACCAAGGAGGGGACAGACUUUAGAAGAAGUUGGUUGCGGGUGUUUUGAUGACUUGGCUUCAAGACUAUUUUUCAAGCAGGUUGACAAUGAUGAUGAAAAGUAUUUUGUGAUGCAUGAUCUCAUGCAUGACUUGGCAACUUUUCUUGCUGGAGAUCUUUAUUGUAGAUUCUCAGAAGAACUUGGUGAAAAGGAAGAGAUGAGUAUUCUAACUCGUCAUUUGUCAUAUUGUAGAUUCUCAAAAGAACUUGGUGGGAAGGAAGAGACGGGUAUGCUAACUCCUCAUUUGUCAUACGAUGAUUCAAUCCCUGAGAAAAUAUGCUCCUCUAGUAAAAUAAAAUCUUUGAGGACAUUAUUAUAUAUCAAUCAAGGAGCUUGUACCUGGGAAGAUCACGCAACAUUACCAUGUUACAUAUUGUCAAAGAAUAAAUACUUGAGAGUUUUGUCCUUUGGUAGACUUAACAUAUUUCCUGAUUCAAUAUAUAAAUUGAUCCAAUUACGCUAUUUGGAUCUUUCUUGGAGUGAUAUUGAGGUAUUGCCGCAGUCAUUAUGCAAUUUGUGCAAUCUACAAACUUUAAAGUUAAAAGGUUGUUCUUUCCUAACUAUAUUGCCUAGUAGCCUAGGUGAAUUGAUCCACCUGCGCUAUUUGGAUCUUUCUAGAAGUGAUGUUGAGACAUUGCCCAAGUCAUUGUGCAAGUUGUGCAAUCUACAAACAUUAAAGCUAGAAGGUUGUUCAGGGCUGACUAUGCUACCUAAUGGCAUGUAUAAUCUUGUGAAUUUGCGACAUCUUGAUAUAAGGGGUACUCCUCUGAAAGAAAUGCCAAAAGAAAUGGGCAAAUUAAAACAGUUGCACAUUCUAAGCAACUUUGUGGUGGGAAAGCAACAGCAAGAAGACAAUAGAAUCCAAGAGUUAGGAGGGCUUUUAAAUCUUCAUGGAUCACUUGAGAUUCAGAAAUUGGAGAAUGUUGUUGAUGCCAAUCAGGCAAGGAGUGCAAGGAUAAUAGAUAAGAAGCACAUUGACGAGUUAUUGUUGGAAUGGUCUCUGUCUUCAGGUGAUGUUAUGGCUUCAGACGCCCAAACUGAAAGAGAUAUACUCCACAGCUUACAACCUCACAACGGCUUGAAAGAGUUGAGAAUAUGGGGAUACAAGGGUACAAUAUUUCCAGAUUGGUUGGGGGACUGUUCCUACCAAAACAUGACAAGUGUAUCUCUGAAGUCUUGCAAGAAUUGCUGCAUGCUGCCUUCACUUGGACAGCUGCCUUCUCUUCAGUCCCUCCGCAUUCAAAGUUUUAGUCAGCUGAAGAGUGUUGGCAUGGAGUUUUACAAGAAUGAAGGCCAUCAACAUUCUUCGCCUAUUGCACCGUUUCCCUCACUGGAGCGUUUGGAGUUUCAUAACAUGCCAUGUUGGGAGGAGUGGCACUUACCUGACUCAGAAGCUUUUCCUCAGCUUAAGGGGCUUGAAAUAAGAGAUUGUCGAAUGUUAAAGGGAGAUAUGCUUAAUCAGGUAUUAAUGAAAAUCGUUUUUUCUUCCUCGGAUGUUUCCAAAGUGCGCCAACUGAAAAUACAAGAAGAUCAUCAAGGAUGGGGAAAACGAAUGACACUUGAUAGGGAUAGUUUAUCAAUUCAUGGAUUUGAAUCUGUGGUAGAGUAUGCAUUUAAGGCAAGGAUCAUCCACCAUCUAACUUCCCUCCAAGAAGUACAUAUCUCAAGGUGUUCUUCUGUUGUAUCCUUGGGGGAAAAUUGUUUACCCAAAUCUUUGCAAAAGCUCAUAAUAUAUAGGUGCAGCCAAAUUGAAUUACUCCAGCAACAACACAAGUAUGAUUUGGUACAUCUACAGAUAGAAAAGAGCUGUGAUUCACUGACCUCAUUAUCGUUGGAUGCCUUUCCCAAUCUCAAGAAUCUCCAGAUAGACGAGUGUUCAAAUCUGGAAUCAAUUUCGAUGUCAGAGCCACCACAUGCUGCUCUUCAACGUCUCUCCAUCAAUUAUUGCCACAAAUUUGUGUCAUUUCCGGAAGAAGGACUGGCUGCACCCAACUUGACUCAUCUCAGCGUCAUAAAAUGCCUCAAGUUGGAGGCAUUGCCACGUGGCAUGAAUAGUCUUCUCCCAAAUUUACAGUCUCUCGACAUACGACGUUGCCCAAACAUUUGUAGGUUGCCAGAGGGAGGUUCGCCGCCUAACCUGAAAGAGCUUAGUGUAGGAGAAUGCGAGCAACAACUGACGGGUCUAUCAUGGUUGGGCAACUUGGACAACCUCACUCGUCUCACCAUCUCAGGUAACGACCCUAAGAGCAUAAUAGAGUCAUACCCAGAGGUGGGUUUGCUGCCUCGCCUUCCCUCCCUUACCACUUUACAUAUCCAAGAGUUUGAUAAUCUGGAGAUAUUCAACUGCAAUGAGCUUCUCCGCCUCACCUCCCUCCAACAAUUACACAUUGAGAAAUGCUCAUUGCUGAAGAACAUGGCAGGAGAAAAGCUGCCUUCCUCCCUCUUACUACUCAACAUUAAGAGAUGUUCAUUGCUGGGAAAACACUGCAAGAACAAGCAUCAACAAAUUUGGCCCAAAAUUUCCCACAUUCCCACCAUUCAAGUCGAUGGAGAACAAAUCUUCUGAAGAAAUUUCUAAGCAGGUAGCUUGUGUAUAUGUGGAGAUGUACUUCUCCUCUUAUACAGUGGCAAUCAUAUCUACGCUGUUAAUAUCUACACUACAAUGAUCAGGAUAGAGAACGAAGACAUGAAGGAGAAAGUUGGAGUGACACUUAUUAUUGAAAAGCUUUUGUUGUCGAGUCAGCUGUUGUGAUGCAAGAUCCAUAUAGGACAGUAAAAGGAAUCAGCAUGAAUGAGGUGUAUAUAAGCUUUCAAAAUAGAAGGAUCUAAGAUUUCCCAAGGUGAUGAGGGUAUGUAGCUAAUGCGGUCAAGAUUCAAAGAAUAUGCUUUCCACAUUUAAAGAUGACAAUCAUAUACAUGAAAUAGUCAUUAGGAGGAGAAGUUGUAGUGAAGCCAUCAGCAACAAUUUCAUUCCUAUCUUCUUCACUCAAUGGUGUGUGCAGUUUGAAGUACAUUUGAGAUUUGGUAACCAUAUCUAAAUUAUCUUCGUUCAGUCCAAAGUUCAUCAGAAGUGGUGCUCUGUAAUUUUAGCUUCAGUCACUAUAAAUCUGCAGUUGGAGAGUGGUUCAAUCUUGGUUUUGGCUAAAAUUUUGAUAGCAAGUUCUGGAUGUACUUUUUCAUUCUAAAUGGUUGGACGAUUAAGAUAAGAUUUGGAGGGUGAGAUAUGGCUUGCGCACGCAAAGUAGCUCUGGUUUUGUAAAUUUUUCAUGUUUUUGGUUCACAUUUAUAUGCAUUGGUCCUUGGUUGUUUUGAUUUACUAUAAGCAUGAUUUGUGCACUCAUUUGAGAUUCUCUUGUAUCCUUACUUGAUUAUAGUAAUACUUCUUUUUUGGUCUAAAUGACCCGUGAUUUUUACCUCUCACAUUGAGAGAGUUUUCCAUGUUAAAAUUUUGGUGUCUUGUCCCGAUUUUUAUUUUUCUGGUUUCUGUUAUUUGUUGGCUGCCACUGUUUUGUGUAUUGUUACGCCAAUUAUACUCUCAAACAGUUAUUCC